GAAAUGAUUGAACUUGUAAAGCUAGGGAAAAAGAGUGUUUGAGACUCCAUGUCCUUUUCCUUGUAAAGCUGUAAGUGCAAUGUGCAUAUUUAUUCUGAUUUGGUAGUGUUUUACACCCACUUUGCACUGGAGUAAAUGAUGACACAAAGUACAGGGGAUAGAGAAUCAGGCCCAGAGAGUUUCAGAGGAUAGAAAUAAAUCACUCAGAUUCAUCAUUGUCCUGCCAGCCUUGGGGAGAGAGAGGGACUUAGACAAGUGGCUAUUCAGCUCCUCCUUAUUCUAGACUCACUGACUCACUGAUUCAAAGACUGAACAGAAGCGAAAGCCUAGAGACUGCUCUGGGCACAGCAAUGCUGCUGUUACAGACCAGGCUCUGCCACUGAGUUUGGAUGAAUUGGUAACAUUGUGAUUGAGAAUCCUAGGCGGGACGGUAUGGCAAAGACCUAUUAGGUCAACGGGUUCAUGCCUCAGCCAGUGCAGGAUUGUUCCCUGCCCAGGACAUGGUGUGUUAGUGGCAGACAUUGGCAUCAGCCAAGAGAGGAGCGGAGCAUUGAUUAAGACAGCAAGGGGGGGUGAGAGAGUCUCUUACACACACAUUAUCCACAUGCACACAGCAUCAGCAUCAACAGCUUCUGCCAGCCAGUACAGCACAGCCAGACUGCAAUCACUGCCUCGGUACCUCCAGAUCUGCUCUCCUCCUCCUCUCUCCUGGUCUGUCUUUCUCUCCCUUGCUCACUCUCACUGAGCUCCCCAUCCGCCCCUGCAGGACCCGUCCGCUCGCCAUUUGGGCCCCACCAGCACGGAGACAAUGAAUUCAUGCGGAUUAUGCAUCUGAAGGAAUAACAAGCUUCUGAAUAGCCACAAGGGGAGGUAUCCAUGUGUUUGGCAGGGAUACAGACGCCUGCUCGCUUGCUCGCUCUCUUUCUCAAUCGCUCUUCUCUCCCUUCAGCUGCCUCCUUUCCAGCUAUGAUCUCCUUUGAUUUCCCUGAGCAGCUGCAGUGAACAGGCUCCUUGGUGCAGCCCAGAUCCCAGAGGAUUGCACCCUCCCUCCUAAGAUACUUGAGGGGUUAGGAUUAUUUUUAUUUCUCUCCCUCUUUUUCCGGUUUUCCUCCACCUGCCAGUCUCUGUGACUCUCACAUCCUUCUGUGCAUGCGUCUCCCUCGCUCCCUUCUUCUCAUCCAAACGGCGAGAGGUGGAGGGAGAUCCACCCUGGUGCAAGGACCUAUCUUCUUUGCUGCUGGGACCAGCCCUACAGGAGCAGUGUGGACCCAGCCCUGGAUGCUGACCCUGCCUUCAGAGUGGCUCGCUCUGUAUCUCAGCCCUGACUAUGAUGGACCUGAAAGUGGACGAGGAGGAGGUGGAGAAUGGCCAUCCAGUCAGUAUCCAGGCCUUUGCCAGUAGCUCCACUCUGCAUGGCCUGUCCCACAUUAUCUCCUAUGAGAGGCUCUCCUUCAAGCGCAUCAUCUGGACUCUCUGCUUCCUGGGCUCUAUGGCCCUGUUGGCCUAUGUCUGCACGGAGAGGAUCCAAUACUACUUCCUCUACCCUCAUGUCACCAGGCUGGAUGAAGUGGCCACAACCAGGUUGACAUUCCCUGCUGUCACUUUCUGCAACCUCAACGAAUUCCGCUUCAGCCGGGUAACAAAGAAUGACCUGUACCAUGCUGGGGAACUCCUCGCUCUGCUCAAUAACAGGUAUGAGAUCCCAGACACCCAGAUGGCUGAUGAGAAGCAGCUGGAGAUCCUACAAGAUAAGGCCAACUUCCGAAACUUCAAGCCAAAGCCCUUCAACAUGCUGGAGUUUUACGAUCGGGCUGGCCAUGAUAUCCGGGAGAUGCUGCUGUCCUGCUCCUUCUGUGGAGAGAAAUGCAACCCAGAGGACUUCAAAGUGGUCUUCACACGCUACGGCAAGUGCUACACAUUCAACUCCGGACAGGAUGGGAAGCCCCGGCGCAUCACCAUGAAGGGCGGCACCGGCAAUGGCCUGGAGAUCAUGCUGGACAUUCAGCAAGACGAGUACCUGCCUGUCUGGGGGGAUUCAGAUGAGCUCUCGUUUGAAGCUGGGAUCAAAGUGCAGAUUCACAGCCAGGACGAACCUCCCUUAAUUGACCAGCUGGGCUUUGGGGUGGCACCUGGAUUCCAGACCUUUGUGUCCUGCCAGGAGCAGCGGCUGAUCUACCUUCCCCCGCCCUGGGGUAACUGCCAAUCCAUAACCAGAGACUCUGAGUUCUACGACACCUACAGCAUCGCGGCCUGUCGCAUUGACUGUGAGACCCGCUACCUGGUGGAGAACUGCAACUGCCGCAUGGUGCACAUGCGAGGCGAUGCCCCCUAUUGCACCCCCGAGCAGUACAAGGAGUGCGCGGACCCAGCCUUAGAUUUCCUGCUGGAGAAGGACAACGAUUACUGCGUCUGUGAGAUGCCCUGCAACGUCACCCGCUUUGGCAAGGAGUUGUCCAUGGUGAAAAUCCCCAGCAAGGCCUCAGCCAAGUACCUGGCCAAGAAACACAACAAGUCGGAGCAGUACAUUGGGGAGAACUUCCUAGUGCUGGAUAUCUUCUUUGAAGCCCUGAACUAUGAGACAAUUGAGCAGAAGAAGGCCUACGAGGUGGCUGGCUUGCUAGGCGACAUUGGUGGGCAGAUGGGGCUGUUCAUUGGGGCCAGCAUCCUGACCGUGCUGGAGCUGUUCGAUUAUGCCUAUGAGGUCAUAAAGUACAAGCUGUGUCGCCGCGCCAAGUGCCAAAAGAAUCACAAAAGGAACAACACAGACAAGGGCGUCACCCUGAGCAUGGAUGAUGUGAAACGCCAUAAUCCCUGCGAGAGCCUAAGGGGCCACCCAGCCGGGAUGACGUAUGCAGCCAACAUCCUACCUCACCACCCGGCCCGGGGCACGUUUGAGGACUUCACCUGCUAACUGACGUCUGGAUGUACAACGUACACUACCAAAGCCCUCCGGAGAGCGGCCCCUGUCCCUGGGGGGCAUCCGUGGAGGGGACACACCUAGGGGCCCUUGCUCCUCGCCACAGUGGGACAUUAACAAGAGUGAUGGCCUCAGGUUUAGGGCCAGGUGGCAGGUGGUUGGGUUGGUUUCUGACCCUGGAUACAGACUCAGCGCCAGCUGCUCCCUCACCCCCCCAUAGUUUAGAGACUCUUGGACGUUCCGGUCCCAGCCCCCCCCCCGACCCCCGCCACACACACAGAGUACUGACUCUGCAGCCUGUGUAGGAGCUACACAUGGACCGGGCCGGGCCACAGGACCUGGCCCGCUCCUCCUUGGCUCCUCAAUUUGUUUCUAACUAAAAAGAGAAAGGAGCCCAGAAGAAUCAGCCCUUCGGCGGCAGUCACGUUGGGGGAAGUAAUCCCUCUCCCAUGUUCCACAUUCCUGUCCAUUUACCUGGUUUCCAUGUCUAUCCCACAUCCACGCAUCACACUGGAGAGAGCCUUGGUGGGGGGAGGGUUAUGAGCGAGCACGAGGAGGCCUGGUCCCUGCACUCAGCUCGAGCCAGCUCUCCACAGAGCAGGGGAAUCUGUUAGUACUGAAGCAUCACCUCCACGAAGGUGGGAGCUUCCGAUGCCUGUCCUCUGAGCCAGGGCCCCCACUGCUAUGGCAGCAUGUUUGCUGGGCCCCUCUUUCAGCAUUUCACCUCCAGUGUGGAUGGGAGAGGCUGAUGGUGAGAGCUGGAUCCCAGAAGCUUCCACUGUGUGUCCCAUGUGCACCGCAGCCGAUUCAGCAGCCACAGUCUUGCUCUGAACUUAGUCCCCUGCCCCUGGCACUGAGUCUCUGAGCAUGAUGGUGCCUGGGAGCCUUCCCUGGCUGUUGGUUCAGCUCGAGGGCAGAUGCCCCCAGGUCUCCCCUGCUCCUGUCCCCUCCAACAUGACAGCGGUUGAUGCUGUGUGGACUGAGCUGGAGUAAUGAUAGCCCCAUCUGUGAGCUAGCACAGCCUUCUUCCUCCCUUCACCAUCACCCUCUUCCACAUGCCGCACCCCCAGAGAAGUCUCCUGCCCAAACUCUGAUAUCUGGAACCUACACAAUCCAGAGGCAUCCAGAGAGGCCCCUCUGUGUUGACAGUGCCAAAGACUGUAACUUGGGGUGGGAGAGAGGAAUGAGGCCCGUACAGUAGCCAUGCUGCAGGGUCAAGGAGGACUUUCCAAAAACCCUAAGAGGCUUCAGCCUCCUUUUCCCCUAAGACAGAAGCCUCAUAGCUAAUGGGGCACAUAAAGGGAAGAAUCCCCCUCAGGCCUAUAAGCCCCUGCUGUUGCAUAGUCCUUGCCAGAUAAGCUUGCCAAGCCAGGCAGCUGGGGAUGGAUGUGCUAUGGGGAGCACUAGGGUCAGCAUAACAGGCAAAGAAAAUACUGAUGGAUGAAGCUCACACUCAUCGUGCUGCCAUUUCCCAUGCAGGUGGGAUCAGCCAGGAAGGGGAGCCUGCCCGGGACAGCCCACACUCCAGAGCUGCACUAUGGAUAGUCCGACACAGGGUUUGGGGGCGGGGAGCCAUGCCUCCCUAAAAGGCACCUAUCCAGCUUUCCCAGGCCGGUCACAUGUCCUCUAGGCAGGUGCUGUCCCAGGAAAUGUAGGGCUUUGCAUUCCCGUCUGCCAUGGAGUCACCCGGAAGCCAGGCAUCCUCAGAAAAAGCCUGACACGAGGGAAGCCUGUGGCUCAGAGCUGGCUGGGGAAGCUGGUGCCCAUGGGCUGAGCUAACUUCCCACGGAAGGAGGCUUCCAGCAGGACAGAUCCUGUCCACACGACCCUGCUUGUGCCCUCAGCUCUGCCAUGGUCAGCUGAGCCAAGCCCUCCACCAAGCAGAACCCUCUGGGGACUCACAGACACCCACCCUUCAGAAAUGACCCACAGACACUCCCCCUCCCCACAACCUCUCCAGAUGAAAUUCCCAAAUCACCGGCAGCUUCUGAAAAUGGCAGGCCCUGAGCUCGGUUUUUCAGCCAUGCCUGUCGUUCACAGCCACCUUUGGCCCUUUGUGUCUCAGAGUCUCUGCUACUGUGUGGGCAGAGCCAGCCCAGUCAUGGCCCCUCCAUGGGACUCUGGUACAUAGAGGAGAGGAACUGUGAGGUCAGUUUGACUUAAGAACAUAAGAAUGUCCGUACUGGGUCAGACCAAAGGUCCAUCCAGCCCAGUAUCUUGUCUUCUGACAGUGGCCAAUGCCAGGUGCCUCAGAGGAAGUGAACCUAACAGGUAAUGAUCUAGUGAUCUCUCUCCUGCCAUCCAUCUCCACCCUCUGACAAACAGAGGCUAGGGACACCAUUCCUUACCCAUCCUGGCUAAUAGCCAUUAAUGGACUUAACCUCCAUGAAUUUAUCCAGACUUGUGUGUAACAAACCCAACCCCCUCUGCAGCCAGGCCAGGGACUCAAGAGCCGGACCUUGCCUGGGCUGCCUCCAUCCUUUUGUUCCACUGUCAGAGCCAGCCCCAGAAUUCUUGCAUCUACCCUGUGCCCUCCACCAAGUGACAGCUCUGCAGGGAUGAAGUGCUACUUAGCUUUAAGAGCUUUUGCAAUGUCAUUUUUAUUAUUUUUCUAAUCUUUUUUUACUUUAUGAUUGUUAUUAUUUUACUUCCUGACCAAAAUUAGGAACCGGGGUCAGGCCUUUGUAUCUAGCACUCGCCCAAAGACAAACGGGUCAGCCACGUCCAUACAUUGUCUUAUGGCUCCUUUGUGCAGUUUCAUUCCUUUUCUUUCUUUCUUAUUUUCACUCUCACGCUCUAAAGCUUUUAAAGAUGGGGCUUGGAUUUGGAUUUGACCUUGAUGCUCACCCGUUGAAACUUAUCACUUUUUAUUUGUCUGUUUUUACUAUAUCAUCCUCAUUUUAUAUUUCUUAUAUAUAAUAUAUAAUAUAUAUUACUAUAUAUAUAUGUGUGUGUACAUAUAUAUAUAUAUAUAUCUGUAUGCGGCAUAUCAGUGUAGAUACCCAUCCAGUAGCAUUUAGGCCUUGAUAUUGUGCCAUUUUUCUGUUACCGAUCUCUGAAUGCCUUCAAGUGUAUAAAGUGUUGAAUUAUCUCUGGUAUCUGUACUAUGUACACACAUUUUCAUAGGAAGCACAAUAAGGUGACAAAUGCAUUGUAUAUCAAUAUCUCCUACUCUUAAUGAUAUAAAGGAUACUAUAAAUGGAUGAGAUAAAGGAUAGAGACUG